AUACGGUGUGACCGCUCAGCUCGUUUCGUAUCGCGUCGAGACUCGGGGCUUGACUUCGGAUUGCCAGAAAGCGGUCUGGACGGGAGGCCGUGGUUUUCCGGACAGCGUCAAAUAGGUGUUUUUUUUUAUGUCUUGAAAAUGGAUAGACGUCGCAAGCGAUAAAAAUGACAACAUAAAUCGUAGCAAAGUACGUUUUUAUUUUGAAUGCUGUAGCUGUGUGUGUGUCGAUGAGAAGGAUUUAGUUCCAGAUAAAAUUACGAUAAGGGAUUGUUUACAGAUUGCUGCUAAUGAAUUUAUUCGUGAUCGCUAAAAGUGAUACGUCUGCUUACUGGUGAGGAACAAACCCCAGAUGAUCGCCGUCUAUGCGAUUUAACCUAAAAUCGUUUAAAAUGAAGAGAGUCUGUUUUACAUAGACUGGCAAUUUGCCUUAAAUAUACGUGGGCUUAAUUAUUUUCAGCCCGCUUUUCGUAUUGCUGUUAGACAAAGUAAAAAAGAAAUGAAUAAUAAUAAUAAUAAUAAUAAUAAUAAUAAAUGCAGUUUACAAUAUCCGCUGUUAGAAUAAAUGAACAUAGCUGUUUGUGUCGGAAAAUUUAAAAAAAUGUGUGACUGGUUCAGGGUAAUAUUAAAUUCCUUUCGGACACCAGAUCAGUCUGACUGUCCCAUGAACUUUUUGCUGUAGAUGACACAUAUGUGUGUGUAAAUAUAACGUGUAGAUCACGAUAUGCUGUAAGAAGCGUCGGUUUUCUGCAGGUUGUCAGACCCUUAAAACAUCUGUAUGCAUGAGACGUAUACACAUUUUAACCUGAUAAAGGGCGAGUCUUGAGUGAUUCCCAGCACACGAUGUCAGCUGAGAAAUCUUUGCGGCGUUUCAUAUCCGAUACCUGCACAGGACGCACUGCACCGAUCGACGCCAGGUAUCCAUGUCCCUGUUUAUACAAUGGACAGAGAUUUGGAAGCUACUAAAACUACGCAUUUUGCCCCGCAUUGUUGUGGGUGAAUUACUUUCGAUUGAGCGGUCAGCCGUCCGCCCUGAAAGGACCCGAACACGUUUCCAGUACGUGGAUAGGGUUUGCGCCAUGCGGGUGUCCUCCCUCCUCGCAGCCUUCCGACCGGCGCUGCCCCUCAUCCUGGGGCUUUCCCUCGGCUGCAGCCUCAGUUUGCUCAUGGUUUCCUGGACCCAGGGGGAUGCGGGCGAUUCAUGCGGGGAUGAGCUGGGGAACCGUGUGCUGUUCCCCGGCGACCACAGGAGAGACACUGAGGGGGGUCUGGAUGGGGAUGCCGCAAACGAAGAUUUCCAACCGCGGAUUGUGCCCUAUCACAUGGACCCAAACAAGCCACACAAGAAAGUCCUCAGGACACGGUACAUCCAUACGGAGCUGGGUAUCCGAGAGCGCCUCCUUGUGGGCAUUUUGACCUCCCGUGCCACCCUCAACACGCUGGCGGUGGCCGUGAACCGCACCGUGGCGCAUCACUUCCGUCGCAUCUUCUUCUUCACCGGUUUGCGCAGCACCAAACUGCCACACGGCAUGGCGGUGGUCGCCCACGGCGACGACCGGCCUGUCUGGCUCAUGUAUGAGACGGUGCAGCACCUGCACCAGCACUAUGGUGCCGACUAUGACUGGUUCUACCUGGCGCAGGAUGACACGUACACGCACGCUGAGCGGCUGGCGGAACUGGCGGGCCACCUGAGCGCCGGGCAGGACCUCUACAUGGGCCGGCCUGAGGAGUUCAUCGGCGGUGAGGAGCGUGCCCGUUACUGCCACGGUGGAUAUGGCUACCUGCUCUCCCGCAGCCUGUUGGCCCGCCUACAGCCCCACCUGGAUACCUGCCGCAAUGACAUCCUGAGCGUCAGGCCUGAUGAGUGGCUCGGCCGCUGCAUCAUCGACUACCUGGGUCUGAGCUGCAAAGAGACCCACCAGGAAAUGAAGUAUCAUUAUUUUGAGCUGGGUAAGAACGCAGACCCAGAACGUGAGGACAGCCCGCAUUUCAAGAACGCCUUCACAGUUCACCCUGUGUCAGAACCAGACCUCAUGUAUCGCCUACACAAACGCUUCAGCCAGAUAGAGCUGGACCGGACCUACCUGCAGAUCCAGCAGUUGCAGGUUCAGAUCAACAAUCUGAGUGAGCUGACCCCAGAGGGCAGGGCAGGAGCCACCUGGCCUGUAGGAAUCAACCCCCCAUUCAAGCCCAGGACACGUUUUGAGGUCAUCAACUGGGAAUACUUCACCGAGGAACACAUCUACUCAUGCGUUGAUGGCGCUCCCAAGUGCGAGCUGCGCGGGGUGGACAAGGCGGACGUGAUUGCUGUGCUCGAGACUGCAGUGGAGCACCUGAAUGAGCGCUACCAACCACAGCUCCGCUUCCGCAAGCGCCGGCUCCUCAAUGGCUACCGCCGCUUCGACCCCACACGUGGCAUGGAGUACACUCUGGAUCUGGCUCUUGAGGCCCUCACCCAGAAGGGCCACAGCCAAGUCAUUGCUAAGCGUGUGGGGCUCCUCCGACCCCUCAGUGCUGUGGAGAUCAUCCCCAUGCCCUAUGUGACCGAGGCCACACGUGUGCAGGUCAUCCUGCCCGUGACGGCCCGUGUACAGGAGCACGUCGGAAACUUCUUGGACAUGUAUGCAAUGAACACUCUGGACACCCAUGACAACGUGCUGCUCACGUUUCUCUUCGUCUAUGACCAUUUUGAUGCCCAGCGAGUUAGCCAAACCGACGUAUUUGCUGGGGUCAAGUCCUUGAUUGGUGAGGUAGAGAAGCGCUACGGCGACGUGAAGAUCCCAUGGAUUAGUGUGAAGACUGAGGUACCCUCGGAGGUCAAGCUCAUGGACAUCAUCUCUAAGAAGCAUCCAGUGGACACUCUCUUCUUUCUCGCCAGUGUGUGGACAGAGGUUAACGGCGACUUCCUCAACCGGUGCCGCAUGAACGCCAUCAGCAGCUGGCAGGUCUUCUUCCCCAUCCACUUCCAGGAGUACAGUCCAGCCAUCAUAUACCGUGACCAGCAGCCAUCGGCAGCUGCCUCGUCCUUUGCCUCUGAGGGCCUUCGGGAUGGUCACUUCGACCGGCAUGUCUUCGAGGAAGCCUGCUUCUAUAACGCAGACUACAUGGCCGCCCGCUCCAAGAUGGCAGCCGACAUCUUGGACAAUGACGAAUUGCUAGAGAACAUGGACGUCUACGAGGUCUUUGUACGCUACUCCGGACUCCAUGUAUUUCGGGCCGUGGAGCCGGCGCUGGUGCAGAAGUACGUGAGGCGGGCCUGUAACCCACGCCUCAGCGAGGACAUCUACCACCGCUGCGUCCUCAGCAACCUGGAGGGGCUGGCUUCCCGAUCCCACCUGGCUAUGAGUCUCUUUGAACAGGAACAGGCAAACAGCACUUAGAAAAGACUCUGCCAAGUAGAGAAGAGAGCAGAGCAACAUAAAGCUUAUCACACACAGCGUUAAACGUUAAAAAUUUCAUGGACUGCCAAUGUAUGAAAAGUGCCAAACACUGCAAAGCUUUCAUUCUCAUUAUCGGUAUUAAUGUUACCUGACUUGGGCUGUCUUUGAGGAAUCUAUAAAGCAAGUUCAGGAAAUAUUAUCACAUCAA